GUUUUCUCUACAUAGAUGGCAGAUUUGUGUGGGAAACUUUGGAUUCGAGGCGUAGUCAUUCUGGUUGCUUUUAUCCUCUUCUUUGAUCAUAUUAUGAUUAUCAUAUAACGUCAUGUUAGAAUACAUUAGGUUAGCUUAGUUUAGAGCUAUACUUUCUAAGUCAUCGCUGUCUUCGAUAUUAUUAUUACUUUACGUGAGUAUUACGUGAGCAUUUAUUAUGAAUAAAAAUAUGUGAAACAAAAAGAAAUAUGAUGAAUUUUAGUGCAUAUAUAUCUUCUAUAUUAGAGAAUUAUGGUGAAGAAGGAAGAUUUUAAUUAUGGAUAUAUAUAGCAAAUACAUUGAGCAUGGAUAUAAUAGAUAUAGAACAUGUUGAGACCUGUGUGCAUUCCUCUAAACAUCCAACGUCUAUACACUGCAACUGCAUCAGUUCAAAUUCUGUGUGCUAUGUAGCAAUUACCAUUGCAACUUUAGCUCUUCUAGGAGCUAUAGUUUUCAUAUGUAAAGAUUACAUUAAAGUGCUGCUCUUCUGGAUAGAACAUCAGAAUACUUGGAUUAUUACAGUUAUAUUCGUUGCACUAUUCACAGUGGUUUCUUUUCCCAUUGUAAUUGGAUAUUUAUUCCUCAUUGUUGCCAGUGGUUAUCUUUUUGGUAUCGUGCGAGGCAUAAUGAUGGUUGUUCUUUCUGCAAAUUUGGGUAUUGCUAUAGCACACAUUACUUUGGGUGCUUUCUCUUCUAGACUGCCAAUUGGAGCAUUAUUACAAAGUGAUACUGCAAGAGCAAUACUUAGAGUAAUUUCAGGUCCACAAGCUUUUAAAGUUGUACUAUUUGCAAGAUUAACACCAAUACCUUUUGGCCUACAAAAUACAAUCUUUGCUGUUAGCAACAUAACUGGUAUUCGCUACCAUGUAGCUAGUGCAUUGGGUUUAUUACCAGCUCAACUUAUUAAUGUUUAUUUAGGUAGCAGUUUAAGAUCAAUGCAAGAUGUACUAGAAGAUAGAUCAACAGCAGCAACUGGUUAUAUUGUUUUUUGUUUCCAGAUAUUAGUAGGUGUAUCUCUUAUGGUAUAUGUUGUACAAAAAGCACGCAGAGAACUACAGUUGGCCUUAUUGGAAGCUGAUCUUGCAUCAAUGACUGAUACACCCCACUAUUUGUUAGAUAUUAUGCCAGAUUCUAAAAUGACUUUAACAAAUUUCAUUGCUUGAUAGUUCCAUUAUAACUAAUCCCAACUAACUAUAUGAUAAGUAUAUUUUAAGUAAUAAAAGAGAAUACGUUAAUUCUUUGCA